AUGUAAUAAUAAUACGAAGGUUUGAUAGAAGAGAACACUUAAUUGAAGAAAGCCAUCAUUUCUUCGAAGGCUGUGAUAAGUAGAAAGAUUAACGAAUACGAGACUCUUCAGGCAAUAAAUGAGGAAUUGAAAUCGAAUCUUGAUAAGAUGAGAUUGGAGAACUAGGAUUUACUACAGAAGUAUAGGAUAGCUUUGCAUGAUAAAAAAUAAACAGAAUAGCAAUUUGACAAUGCAACUAAAAAUUGGAAACUAUUAAUUGAAUAAAAGCAAAGAGAAAUUGAGGAGAUCUAAAGUAGAUUGACACCUGCAUUUGAUUAAGAUAUGAUGAGAAUUAAAUUGCUCAAUGAAUUAGAUUUACCACAUAGAUAAUAAUUGGAAUAAAAGUAAUUAGAGAUUGAAAAGUUAAAUGAAAUUAUUUAUCAAUUAAAAAGAAAGAUUGAUUUGGAAAUCUCAAGAGUAGAGACCAUAUAAAUAGAUAAGGAUAAGGAAAUGAAAUUGCUGUCAGAAAAACACAAAUUAGAUUUGGCAGAUCUUUAACAUCAAAUCUCAGAUUUAACAAGAUAAGUGGAAGACAACAAAGAUAGAGACACAAUCAGAAGAUUAAGAAAAGACUUGGAAGAAUAUAAACUAAAAUUUAGUGCUACUGAUACUGAAAAUGAAGAAUUAAGAAAUGAAAGAGAUAAAAUUAGAGAGGAGAAGAAUGAUAUCAUGAUUAAAUUUGCCAGAUAGCUUGAUUCAGAGAGAAAUGAUAAAAGACAAUUUAAAAGUGAUUUUGAUAAAUUAUAAGUGAGAACUAGAUUCUUAGAGGAUGAGUUUAGAAAAGAAAAAUAAAGAAGAGAAUAAGUUGCAACCGAUUUUGAAAUUUUAAAAACAGAAAAAGAUUAACUGUUAACUGAUUUAAGAAAAAAAGAUGAUACAAUCCAUUAUCUAUAAAGAAAAAUUACUGAUAUGGAGGAGGAGCAAGUGGAGUAAGAACAGAAGGUUUAAGAUAAAUUAACACGUUUGUAUUAGGAUGAACAUGAUAAGUAUUUACAAGAGAGAAAUAAGGCAGUUACACUUUAAAAGGAUGUUGAUAACUUAAAAAAAAGAUUUAGUGAUCUUUAGGAUGAUUAUAAAGUGUUGAGGGAUAGAUAUCAAAAAGAAAACAUAGAAAAUAAAGAUUCAAUCAGGGUAUAGAAUGAAGAAAUUGAAAAGUUGAAGAAGACUGUAUCUUAACAAACAAAAGAAAUUGGAGAUUUAGAAAGAUCAAAUAAAAAUAAAGAAGAAUAACUUCAUGAUAUAGAAAAUGAGAAUGAAACAAUCAAAAGAAGAAAUAGAGAACUUCAACAUAGAAUUUAGUUAAUUGAAGUGAAUCCUAUUCCUACGCCAGUUUAAACUCAGCCUAUUAUGAAUUAAUCUUAAAUUCCUACAGUUACUUAAGUUCCUUAAUUUGUGUAGCAAGAACAGUUUGAGACCACUAAACCAAUUAAAUAAUCAACUCCAGUUUAAUCAGAAAAUGAUCCUUAAAAUUAAUAAUAAAUGUAAGCUUAGAAAUAAUCUCUAUAAUAAAUUACUGAAGAAAACAGGUCUUUAAUUUCUAAAAAUAAAAAAUUAAAUAAAAAGCUUAAGAUAGCCAAUGAAAAAAUACUUGAACUCUCUAUGAAAAAUACUAUCUUAGAGAAAUCAUUAUAAAGAAAACACUCGUAACCACCUGCUUAAGAUAUUGAUAGAUCUAAUUUUGGUUUGCAUGCUCACUCUUAAUCUCCAUUUAAAUAAGACUCUUUUUAAUAGUAGGGAAAUGAAACUGUUCAAUAAAGACAAUAAUAAUAAUAAAUGAUUCAUACUGAUACAAGAUUAGAUAGAUAUGAUAAAUAAGAUAAGCAAGAUAGAUAAGAAAGAUAAACCAGAUAAGAUAGAUUCGCUUAAUAGUCCUAAGAGAAAUAUAGACCAAGAGGUUAAUCUGGAGUUGAUGCUCGUGGAGCCCAAGGUCAUCCAACUGAAAUAAGAGAUGAUGAAUUAUUGAGUAAGGUUAUGAUGCUUACAGAUGCUUCUGGAUAAAAUAUAUAUUGGUGA